AUGGCUGCUUUCUCCUCAAAGUCUAUUAAACAAUACAGUGUCCGAUCCAUCAGCUUCCCAGCUAGAUCACAACCAAGCACGUUUAGACUAAAAGAGGAGCUGAAGAAGCUUAGAUCUUGGGAGGGAGCUUCAUCAUCAAAUGCUGAAACAUUUUGCGCUGCUCUAUUUGGCCUAGAAGAGUUGUAUAUUUGCAUUGAGGAUCUUCUUAAUUUGCCCCUCACCCAGCAAGCUUUAGCUCAGCAUCACAAUGAGAAAUGGGACAGUGAAUUUGGCUCGAUUGCUUGGAGAAGCAAGCUUGAUCACUGCCUCCAUCUUUCACACCCUCCUCUUAUUCCUUCUCCAUCAUUGUUGAAGCCAAAGCCUUCAAAGUGGUCAUUGGUUUCCAAGUUGGUGCGGAAGGGUUUGACAGCAUGUGAAGAACAGCAGAACAUGAACGAGUUAGAGAGAGUCGAUAUUGCAGUUAGCAACUUACUACUGCAGAGUUCAAGAGAAGAGUCUGAGGAAGAGAAAAUUCAAUCUGCACAGGUACAACUGAAAUCCUUGGAUGCCAUCUUUGAAAGUUUUGAAGAUGGAUUAGAGUGCCUGUUUAGGAGCUUGAUCCACACUAGAGUUUCUCUCCUAAAUAUACUUUCUCAUUAG